AUGGCUCUCUCCUUCAUUUCCAGUCGGGUUUCCAAUCCCAUCAAUAACGCCCUCCGACUCUCCACAAGAGCCUUUUCCAGCUACCCUGCUCUCCGCAAUUCUGCAGGUGGUAACUCUCCAUUCGCAUUUGGACGUGGUCCAGCUCCUCCGCGCCUCCCGAAGGAGGAGCAAGAGAUCUUCGAGGAGCUUCAAAGGAAAUCAACUGGGGCAUUCAGCACCCCGCGAACGGCGCCUAAAAUCAAUCAAUCACCUCAUUCCGAAUCCGAGCCCGCCCCAGAAACCAAGACUGCAGAGAUCAAAGCAACGGGGAAGGGAGAGGAGCUGCACCCCGAUGUGCGAGUUGGUAUUCAGCCGGAGUUUGAGGGCGAAAAAAAUCCAAAGACGGGAGAAGUUGGAGGACCGAAGAAUGAACCGCUCCGAUGGGGUGCUGGGGGAGACUGGAGCUAUGGAGGACGGGUCACUGAUUUUUAA